GUAGCUGUGGGUCAGUUACAUGAUUCAUAUGAACGUUCUUUGUCUGGUCUUGUUACAGAUCCCAGCGUUCCCAACGUCCAGGUGACACGGUUGACACUGAUGUGUGAGACUGCCCCGAACCCACUGACCCUGGACCUGCAAGGAGAUCUGGAGGCCUUUAAGAAGCAGUCCUUUAUCCUGAAGGAGGGAGUGGAGUACAGAAUAAAGAUCAGCUUCAAAGUGAACAAGGAGAUUGUCUCGGGACUCAAGUAUGUCCAGCAGACCCACAGGAAAGGAGUGAGAAUUGACAAGUCAGACUACAUGGUGGGGAGCUACGGGCCGAGGCCGAAUGAGUACGACUUCCUGACCCCGCUGGAGGAGGCUCCUAAAGGCAUGCUGGCCCGCGGCACCUACAACAUCAAGUCCAAGUUCACCGACGACGAUAAGCACGACCACCUCUCCUGGGAGUGGAACCUCAACAUCAGGAAAGAUUGGAAAGACUAAGAAAGAGGCCUUCAGAACCAAACCCCACAACCCACAACCAAGUCCCCAUUUCUCCAUUAGUUAGUUUUCUUCUACUUCAUUCCAUCCUCAUGUCUUCAUUCCGACCCUUCCAUCCCUCUGUCUCUCCCACGUAUCUUCCGAUUUAUCCGUCUGCAUUAGUAGCAGCAGCAGAAGCAACGGCCCCCUCUGUCCGUCCAUCCCCCCCUCUGCUUUCAUUGGUUGCACAAAACCCACCACCAUUGUUUCACUAUCCUCAACCUGCCAUCCAUGCAACCUUAAAGGCCCAGUGCAGUCAAAAAUGUGAUUUUCCUGUGUUUUAUAUAUAUAUACACACUGAGGGAGGAAUAAGA